AUGAAACCUGUAGAACCACCCUAUCCAAGAGGGUAUGACCCAAAUGCUAAGUGUGAGUAUCAUGUUGGUGGCAUUGGUCAUUCGAUGGAGAACUGUAGGGCAUUAAAGUUCAAAGUACAAGACUUAAUUAAUGUCAAAUGGCUAGAUUUCAAGGAGGAUAAUCCUAGCAUUAGGAGUAAUCCCCUACCUGAGCAUGGAGGACCAUCGGUAAAUGCCAUCGAGAAAGAGUCUGCAUGUGUUUUAAAGAGGAAAGUUGAAGAGGUUACCACUCCUCUUAAGGUUAUUUUUGCUGGGUUGUGCAAGGCUGACUUGAUCAAGGAUUUUGUACAUGAAGGAAAUAUGUGUGAUUUGCACCUUGAUGCAGAUUGCUCCAUUGAAGAUUGUGAAGAAUUCAAGUAUGUUCUGCAAACCCUGAUGGACAAGCAUUUGGUCCAAAUCGGGCACCCUAAAGAGAAAAAUGAAAUUUUGACUGACAACAAAGCAGUACCAUGGAAGUAUGAUGCAGAGGUUUAUGUUGGCAAUUGUAAGGAAAACCAAACACAAGGUGUCAAUUCUGAUACUCUUUCCGUCUCAAACAUUGUUGGUGUUGGUGGGAUGACUCGCAGUGGUCGUAUUUAUCCACCUAAGGAGCUGAGAAAAGAGCGAGCAAAAGAGAUAGAGAGAUCCUCAAAGGAAAAAGCCAAAUUGGGUGAGUUUGAAGAUGCUGACGAAAAAAAAAUGCCUGAAAUGAAAAAGGCAGUGUCUAAUGAAGAAGCUUGUGAGUUUUUGAAAUUUAUUCGACAAAGUGAAUAUCAAGUUGUGGAACAGUUAAACAGAACUCCAGCCAAGAUAUUUCUCUUAUCCCUAUUACUAAACUAUGAGCCACAUAGGAGGAUUCUUUUGAAGGUGUUAAAUGAGGCUCGUGUCAGCAAUGAUAUCACUACUAACAAAUUUGGAGGCAUUGUUGGUAAUAUUGUUUCAAACAAUUAUCUCACCUUCACUGAUGAUGAAGUACUUGCUGAAGGAAUGGGGCACAAUAAAGCACUGCAUAUUUCUGUGAAAUGCCGAGAUUACAUUAUUGCAAGAGUGCUUAUUUAUAAUAGGUCUUCUUUGAAUGUGAUGCCAAAAGCAACAUUGUCAAAAUUACCUUGUGAUGGGUCGCAUAUGAAACCCAGUACCAUGAUAGUAAGAGCCUUUGAUGAAACAAGGAGAGAGGUCAUUAGAGAAAUUGAGAUUCCAAUUCAAAUUGGUCCUUACACCUUUCAGAUUUUGUUUCAAGUAAUAGACAUCGCACCAGCUUACAGCUGUCUUUUGGGGAGGCCUUGA